AAAAGAAAAAAAGAAAAGAAAAGAGAGAGGCUGUCGCCCUUGUCUUCUUCUUCUCUUUCCUCACAUUAUUAUUCAUUCCCGUCAAAAUUUGAAUUUCUCUCUUAAAUCCAGCGAACCCUCGCCGUUCAACACUCACUGCCGCCGCCUUCAUCUCACCAUUCUCGCCAUGAAUCCCUUGACAUUGGUGAAACGUAUUCAGAAUAUAAACAAAAGGGAGGCAACUCUAGGAAUAUCAGAAGAUGCAUCAUGGCAUGCUAAGUACAGAGAUUCUGCUUAUGUUUAUGUUGGUGGCAUCCCCUUUGACUUGACUGAAGGUGAUCUCCUAGCCGUCUUUGCGCAGUAUGGAGAGAUUGUGGAUGUUAACCUAGUCAGAGACAAAGCUACUGGAAAGUCCAAAGGGUUUGCUUUUGUUGCCUAUGAGGAUCAAAGAAGCACAAAUCUCGCUGUUGACAAUUUAAAUGGAGCUCAAAUUUUGGGUCGGACUAUUAGGGUUGAUCACGUGACCAAAUACAAAAAGUUGGAGGAAGAGGAUGAGGAAACAAAGCAGCAGAAGAGGGAGGAACGAGGUGUCUGUCGAGCUUUUCAGAAAGGAGAGUGUAAUCGCGGAGACAGCUGCAAAUUUUCUCAUGAUGAGCAAAGAGCUGCUAAUACGGGAUGGGGUGCUGAAGAAGAUAGACCUUCAAAGUGGGUGCAGGACAAGUUUCAAAAUCCAGAAAUGGAUAGAAGAUCUGGGCGACCUAAUCAUGCUGAGCAGGUCAUCUCGUCAAGGUCAUGGAGGUAGUGACGGCUAUCGAUAUUCACAGGGGAAGGGCAAUAAUGAAAGAGCUGAAUUUAAUGCAAAAGAUGAUGAGAGAAGAGUUGUUAAAACACAGUUGGAGCUUAAGGAUACACGUGAUGGCUCAAAUACUGAUAGAAGGUCGAGGUCCAGCUACAGUGAGCCAGACUCCAGGGAUGAACGUGAUUGGAGAAGUGAGAAGAGACCAAGAAAAUAUGAGUCUGAAUCCCAUCACCGGGAAGACAAAUAUAGUAGAGGAAAAGACAGUAGGUCAGAUCGUGAUAGAGAUACUUUUGGGCACCAUCAUAGAAGAGUUAGAGAUGAGAGUGAUAGAUGACAUGGUUGAUGAAUCUCCAUGAAUGCUUAUUUCGUUGAUGUCAUGCUGAAGUAGAGAAGUCAGCUAUAACACCUUUGUCCUCGAGAAUUGUGUACUCAAAAGUAAAAUGCAGACUGCCAUGGUUUGCUGAUCGGAAAUGUGUUACCUUCGAUAGAGAAAACAUGCACUGAUUCUACUGUCCAGUUCAUCUUGAAGUGACUUUCAUGUAAUGAUGAAGUGAAACGAAUGAUGUCUCAUUACAAUGACCAUAAUUUUGCGUGUUAUAUUCUGCAUGGCGGUGAAA